AUGUGCGUGGGGAAAUGUAGCCGGAUCGUAGGUCCCUGCCUGCUGGUGCUGGGCACGCUCUCGGUGGCAGCCAACAUCCUCCUGCUCUUCCCCAGUUGGACAUCGAAGUACCUGGUGGAAGGGCACAUCAGCAAGGACGCCAAGGCUGUGCCGGGUGUCUGGGGAGGCGGCAUCACUGUGCUGCUGGCGGCGACCCACAUCACAGCGGUGGGGUGGCGAUGUGCCGGCUGCUCUGACUGUGGCACCCGUCGCAACGCUUUCAUCUCUGCCCUGCUCUCCAAGCUGGUGCUCCUGGGUGCUGCCGCCUGCUUUGUCCUCUCUGGGGUGGGUUUGACCAAUGGACCCCUCUGCUUCUACAAUGCUACUGAGCGUGGCCGUGGGCACGGCACCCUCUGGGGUUACCCCUUCCUGGACGCCAGCAGGCAGGAGCCUGACGCCAGGGCAGAGAACUACCUGCAUGAUCGUCACACCUGGAGCAUCUGCCUGGAGCCGGAGGGUAUCGUGGCCUGGAAUGUUGUCCUCUUCUCACUCCUGCUGCUUGUCAGUGCUGCCGAGAUGGUGCUGGCCUCCAUCCAGAUCCUCAACGGCUGCCUCGGGUGUCUCUGUGGCUUUUGUGAGGGCAAGUAG